AUGAGCCUGACCAAAGAUAAAGUUUCCGAAGUUCUUAUGCCGGAAGCUAAAGGGGAACGAUAUUAUUCUUCAAAUUUGGGAUGGAUUAUGACUGUAUCUGCUGAAGAUAUGAAAGUUGGUCUGUUCAAUCCCUUCAAAAUAAAUUCUCAGAUUGAGUUGCCAGAUAUUAAAGGAUGGCCACGGCAUUUUCUGAAGAAGUUUGUGUUAUCUUCAAGUCCUUCUUGGACAUCAGAUUACAUAGUCAUGGUGCUUGGCCAAUGCUCAACGUUAAAAUUUUGCAGACCAGGAGACAAGCAAUGGACAUCCAUAGCCAUAGAUAAAAUUGGGGGAUUGUACGAUAAGUCGACUUCACUUGACGACAUUAUCUACUAUAAGGGACAAUUUUUCGCAGUAGGUCGUUAUGGCACUAUCUUUGUUUGUGACAUUGAAGACUAUCAGCAAGCAAGAGUUAGAGUUGUGGUUCCACAGAUGACGGGACGUAUUCGUAGUAGUUCGGGAAGUAUUUUCGACCAGAUAUACCUUGUGGAAUCUGCAGGGGACUUAUUGGUGGUUUCACGUCUCUUUGAUAAGGUCUUUGGUGAUGAACAUGAUGAACAUCGUCUAACAGCUUUCAAGGUGCCAUUGAGUUAUGGCAAGUGGUCACUCUCGAGCUCAUUAGAUGUAUGUGAUUUGGGUGAAAGAACCUUGUUCAUUAGUAGCAGCAAUACUAGUAUCUCUGUUGAUACACGAUCCAACUCUGAAUGCAGAGCCAAUUGUAUGUACUUCACUCAUACGAGUGUUUAUGAUAUGGAACACAGAGAAUUCGAACCACUCAGAAAAAUCCAUAAGAGUCUGAAUCAGCGUCUUUGGAUUCAGCCUAGUCUCUAG